AGUUCUUUUCUUUUCUUUGGUAUCAUGUUGACACAGCUAUUAGGGAAAUAUCUCAUUGUAUCUUUUUCUUCUUUUUUGGCAUCAUGUCGUAAUAUGUUCCCUAUAUUUUUAUUUAUUGAGAUAGUUUUUUAUUUUUUGCUUUUGUGAUAUAAAUAUUUUUGCAAAAAUGUGUCUCAGCAUUGCCUCUACUAUAUACAACAAGAGUGGCCAUGGCAAAAAUUUACACUCAAUUAGUUUUGCAAACCGCUAAAACUAUGCUUUAUUAGAGGGCAAUGAAAUGCUUUUAAACCAAAAUAAAGGGCAUUUAGGUCAUUUUCAAGGUGAAGCUGUCUGCCCAGAGAACUACUUUUGUCCAAUGCAAUGGUUUUUAUAAUUGCUUCUUCUGCCCUCUCACCUUAGUCUCCCCCUCUCCACGUGCCAUAUCUAUUUAUAUUAUUAAUGUAUGACAUGUCAGUUUGCUGAAUUUUCCAAGGUUGUAUGUCUGACACCUUUUAUUUCCAUGUUUGGCACUAAUAAACGUAUCCAUGUAAGUUUGUGGGUUUUACUGUCAUGGGCCCUGAGUAGCUUAUUGCCUUAUUCUCCAUGCAUUAUCCUUUUAGUUUAUCUGGUCUAUGAAGGUAAAGGAAUAACACAGGCAGAAGGAUCUAUUCAAAGAGUUGAAAUACUCGGGUACUAGCUAUAGACCCGUUUUAUUCCAUGAAAUGCUUAUUACAAUUAUCCGUGCUGUAUGGUCAUCCUGUUUGUUCUUGUCCUGAAACACAUCCUCUGCAUUUUCCUGCUGCAACUUGCUGCUCAGAGAUGUCUAAGUUGCCUGUUUGUGUUUCCUUUACAGUCUAAUGUAUCUGCUUCUGUGGAUCCUUCACUAUGUAAUUUGUCAGAACUCUAUCCUAAUGUGUUGGUUCCUAGUGACCGAUUGGGAGGAAUUUCAUCACGCCCAAAGAAGAGUGAACUCAAGGUUGGGGAGUGUUCAGCAUUCUUUACAUAUGUGAAGUCAAGUGUGCCAACAAACAACCAUCCUAGAUUUGGUUGUGUAGAUGAAAAUGUGGCUCCAUCAAAACAGUUAAUCACCAAAGAGAAACUUCCUUUGUCACGCACGCAAGUAGGUGAUACUGAAGGCCGCAAUAGCAGAGAAGAAUGGGAAAACUACUCUCAUGGAAGUAGUUUCUUGGGCGGUGAGAAUAUACCCACAUUCAGCACUUUGGAGAGGUCUUCUAGUGCGCCUGUGCCUCUGUACUAUCCACAAGGAUGGAACUUAUCCCAGGAAAAAUUCUCAACAUCACGUUUGCAUCCGAGCAACGAAAGCCAAGUUGAAGUUCCACAUAUUCCAUCUCUCACUCCUUUGCCAUUUUAUUUGCCGGGAAUGAUGAAUCAAGUCAUGAUGCCAUCAUCUGGGCAACUGUAUCAAGGAAGCCUGCAUGAAGCACCAAAGUGCACAACCCCAGCCAUGCUUCCUCAAUAUAAUGCUCUUCCACAGUGUCCUCAUGUACCCAUGAUGACACCCUUUUCUUAUUACCCAGUCAAUGCCAAUUUGCAACCAGGUCAAAUGCAUAGACCUUACCUGUGGCCAUCCAUUGCAAGCUCAUCUUCAGCUGAAGUGAAAUCUGUUCGAGUUGAACGAAGAGAGGCAGCGUUGAUGAAGUUUAGGCAGAAGAGGAAAGACCGAUGUUUUGACAAAAAGAUCAGGUAUGUCAAUCCAAAGUGACUUGCGGAAAGGAGGCCUCGACUUCGAGGGCAAUUUGUGAGACAGGUGAAUGAUGUUGAUGUUGAUCAUAAUGGACUCAUUGCUGAUGAUUCUGAUGAGGAUGAAGAAGAGGAUGAAGAUGAGGAAGAAGAUGCUUUGGAAUUCUGAUCGGAUUUUGGUUGCAUUGGUAUCUUGAUAUAUAGACUGUGAAAGAGCACUUUUCAUAUAUAUUUUAUGCUGUAUAUUUUGGUAGCCGACGGCCAUUGUUGUCUCUGUAGAUACACUGAAUUAUCAUUGUUGCGCAUCCACACCAUCUUGUUCUGCAAUUUAGCACAGAUGAAUGCUAAUUCUGGACAUUUUUCCAUUUGUGUAAUCUCAUUAUCUCAGCAAUACGUACAGUUUGAUUUGGGAAGCUUA